CAAUUGGAUGGAUAUAUUCCAGGUCAAGACUAUCCUAUUUACAGUGAAGUCCCAAAGGGGCUUUCGUUUACCUGCCAACAAAGAAUUCCCGGAUAUUACAGUGACCCCGAAGCUCAAUGCCAGGUAUGGCACUGGUGCUUGCCAAGUGGUCAACAGUUCAGCUUCCUUUGUCCAAAUGGAACCAUUUUCAACCAAUUUGCAAGAGUCUGCGAUUGGUGGUUCAACGUUGACUGUGCAUCAACACCAAACUACUACAACAUCAACGAAGACCUUUAUAAGGUUCCCAAUUACAACUCCAAUCAAUAACGACGUUAAUGGACACGCAGUUUACUUCUAAUUAUGUAUAAGACAAUGCCAUUGGCUGCUGGAUCCGUGGACAACGACGAGAAUCAAAUGAAACAUCUCGAAGAUGUGCAUGGCAAUUUUUGUUUCGUGUUCACACUUCUUGGCUACGAUCAUGGCUUGUUUCCUUUCCAUGUAAAUAAUGCUUCGUUCUCUUAUUAUUAAUUAUACUUAUACAUUUUUACGAAUACAAAUUUAGGUUAAUCAUAUACAGA